GAGUCCAAGUGUUCAUAAUAAGCAAUUAGUUGAAGUCACUACAAAACAAAACUUUGUUAAAAUUCCAUCAAAAUCUAUAUCAACUACUACUACUAAAACCACCAAUAAGAAUUCAACAACAACAAUAGUUGUCGAUUCAAUUAAAAAUUCGGUUAUCAAAGAUAUUAAACAAGAUGAACAAGAAAUAGUCGAAGUUCCAAUCUCGGAACCAUUUAACUCAUUUUUAAAUCUUAACACUCACGACACCAUCACGCCUUCAAAUAUCAACAUGUACACUUGUCCAAAUUGUCAUACACCAAAUUCAGUCAAUGAUGUUAAAAAUGAUGAUAAUAAUUCAGUUAAUGGUGAUUUUUAUACUUGUUUAUCUCAUGGAAAUUAUGGUUGUGGAUGGGAAGGUGAACAUCUACCAAAUGAAGAAAAUAUAGCAAAGCAUGUAUUUUCAAUUAUUGGAUUUAAACCAUUAAUAAUUAAUUAA